GCUUCCUCUUUAGUUCAUUACUCGUGCCCUUCUCCUAUUCUCGACAUGGAGCUUGAGCUCAGUCUCGGGGAUUCUAUAGCUCCAGCGAAGGACACUUUCACGCCUGUGCUGGGACCUACAUACGCAAGCGAAGGAGAAGGCCAUGAGCUUGUGCUAGAGCUAGGAGUAGGGUCUGCCCAAAGAGCUGAACAAGACAAUCAGAAGACACCCAUGCAACCAGAAGAAGACGAUGAAGCACGCUGCCACAGCGAAUCUCCUGUCGAGCUGAGUCUCGGAUGCCCUCUGCUACCUGCCUCUGCAGAAACAGGGAGUGUAAAUUCAGAGGUCUGCGUAUGGGGAUUUGAUGUGAACAGUGUUCCGGUGGAUGGGGACAUGGCAGAAGUGAGGUCUUGGUCGACUUCGUCCUUGCAGGUGGAGGUUCCUGUGCGCCAGGCAGCUGAUCAGGAAGCUGCUGAGGGUGACGAGAACGGUGGGGUUGGUGGGGGAGCGAGGAAGAAGCUGAGGCUGUCCAAGGAGCAGUCUGCGUUCCUGGAGGAUAACUUCAAGGAGCACAGCACCCUGACCCCAAAACAAAAGAGUGAUUUAGCAAAGCGGCUCAAACUUCGACCACGCCAAGUGGAGGUCUGGUUUCAGAACAGAAGAGCUAGGACAAAGCUAAAGCAAACUGAGGUGGACUGCGAGUAUCUGAAGCGUUGCUGCGAGACGCUAGCACAGGAGAACCGAAGGCUUCAAAGAGAAGUCGCAGAGCUGCGUGCCUUCCGUAGCACCUACCCGUUUUACAGCCACCUACCCGGGUUCAGCACUGCUGCCCUCAUGUGCCCCUCGUGUGAUCAUAACAAGGUCACAGCUCACUCUCCCGUCCUCACCGCUGUAUCAUCACCCGUGGUGGUAGCACCACCGUCCUCGAUGUCCACCUUGUUCACCAGACCUAACUUUGGGCCCUUCACCAUCCACCCGGUGCUCCGCCGUCAGCCGUCUGCGACCUUAAGAUGAUUUAGAAAAUUCCACUAAGUCAUAUAGGCGUAUACCUUAUCAGGAUGUUCAUUUGUGUUGAAAUUCAUGCUUGAGGAAAAUCAUAGGUAAUGAGAGAAUUCAUGAAUGAAUGCAUAUCAGGUGGAGGUGGAGGGAUAUACGGCUAAGAUAACUCGUAUGUCUAUAUUACCAUGUGGUUGCCUUUCCCUCUUAUGAUGCAUGGUGCAGUCUUAGGUGCGAUGGUAUAAAUCGUACUGUAAAUAUUUACUUCUGUUCAAUCAUGAUAUAAAAAGUUAUUACGGGUGCAUUACAAGUUGUUCAUAAAAAGAAAAGCAUACUCUGUAAAAUGUAGCUGGAAAGUAGACCUCACAAAUGAUGUUAUGAUGUUGGAAACGUCCUGAUGUAUAUGUCAGCUAUAUAUACCAGUAGAUUUGGAUUUCUCGUGUUGCGUACUUGACUUUUGGGAGUUUGCCAUUGUACAAUAUGACAUAGUUUGUCGAAGACUAUAUCACAAACCGGCAUGGUAAAGUUGCAUUUUUCCA